AAACAUGACUUUUCCAUGAAUCACCCCUUUUAUCGACUUGUCAGAAAGAACAUGAACUUCCCCACAUUUACUGUGUAAUGUGCACGGACCCAAACGCGUCUUCCGUCACGUCUGGCCUUCGAGAUCUCGACAUCACGCAUCAGCGCGGAAUCACACACACCCAACAUCCUCCAAAAUCUUCCGAAAUCUCUCUCAGGUGGCCUCACCCGAAAGCCCAACCACCAAAAUGCCCACCAUCCCCCUCCGCCUCUCCAGACCUCGCCCCUCCACACCCACCUCAACCCCGACAAACCCGCUCCCCUCGAUCCUGCACACCCCCUCCGGCCUCGCCCUCCUGGAACUCCAAGGCACCAUCCGCUUCCCUGCUCCCGAGCACGGUCCCUCCACUUCCUCUCCGCCGUCGAACCCUUCAUCCUCAACACCGCUCGCGCCCUCGACGUCGUCGACCCUCGUAGGCAAACUCGUCUUCCCGCUGUACAACCCCGACGUCAAUGGCGAGAAUGAUACAAAGUGGAUGAAGCGCGUCUAUUUCUAUGUAGGCGAGAAUCAGAGAUUGCAGGGGGAGGUGAGGAGGUUGGCGAAGCCGUUUGCGGUGAUUCGGAAGGUGGAGGGGCGGGAGGGGGUGGGGGAGGUGGAAGGGAAAGGGGAUGUGCUUAUGGGGGAUGGGGAUGCAGAUGGGGAGAAGGAAGUUGUGGAGGUGAGGGACGAGUUGGAGAUUGUGGAGAUUGUGAGGUUCAAGAUUGUGUUUUCUUCGCGGCCGGAGCCGGUUUCGGCGGGGGAGGGGUGAGCAGUCUAAGGUUGAAGAGGAGGAUACAAGUCGCCAGAUGGAGUGCGCAACCUAAGACUCGAAGCGGGUGAUCGUAGCGCC